AUGAAGACGAUGGCUGAGAUUCUACAUGCCGACGACGACUUCGACAUGCAACUGAUACGGAAAUUCUUGAGCUUCGCUUCGAGAGGUGACCGAGUUGGACUGAACCAGAUGUUGAUCCAAGGCAUAUCUCCUGAUGUGCAAGACUACGACAAUAGGACGGCAUUGCAUCAGGCGGCGAGUGAGGGUCACACUCCCAUUGUUGAGCUUCUCGUGUGUUACAAGGCCAACGUUAAUCUCCAAGACCGAUGGAAAAGAACUCCCCUGACAGAUGCAAGACACUAUUCACAUCGAGAUAUAUGCAGUAUUCUUGAAGUAAAUGGAGGCAACGACUUUAUCAAUCAGUUAAUGACCGUUCGACAUGAACAUGAUUCAAAUGAUGUGAAAUUUGACGUGACAGAAUUAGAGACAGAACAUUCAUCAAAGGUCCAGCAGGGUUGUUUUGGUGAAUCUGAAAAGGUGAAAUGGCGUGGAAUCUGGGUCGUAAAGACCGUUGUCAAUAGACACAUAUGUGCUCCUGUGAAAAUGAUACUCUCUGCUAAAGAUAAUGCGCUCUUGCGUGAACUUAGACAUCCCAAUAUAUUACAAUUUCUUGGGUCAAUUGUGCAGCAAGAGGAGAUGGUUCUAAUAACCGAAUAUCUACCAAAAGGUAAUCUCGAGGACAUUUUGAACCAAAAAACACGUCUUGAUGCACAAACUACUCUUCGCUAUGCACUUGAUAUUGCUAGGGGUAUGAACUAUCUUCAUAAGCAUGUGCCAUCCCCAAUAGUUCACUAUCAUUUGGGUAUCAGAAACUUGUGGCAGGAUGAAGGUGGACACUUGAAGAUUGGGGAGUAUUGGGUUCAAAUGGUGUAUGAACAAACUAACUCAGAUCAAAAUGGAUGUAAGUAUGUUGCAUUAAGAGCAAGUUCAUCCAUUGAUGAUGGCACACAAGAUUUAACAAAGAUAGAUAUUCGAUCGUUUGGAUUCAUAUUUUUUCAGAUGCUAGAAGGAAUACACUCCCAGACUAACACACACGCUGACAAACAUGACCUCACGGUCGUUGAUAAUAAACCGAAAUUCCAUUUCAGUCGAUGUUCUAAUAGAAUUCAAGAGUUGAUAGAGAAAUGUACAAGCAGUGACCCUUCUGAAAUAUCCUCAUUUGAAGACAUCAUAGAUGUUCUGGAAGAAGAAGCAUUUUUCACUGGCAAGAUUCUCUUUUCUGUAUUUGUUCACUAG